GCGGCGGGGGCGGGCGGAAGCGGUGGCCAUGGCGGCGGCUGGGCCCGGUCCCGGUCCCGGUCCCGGUCCCGGUCCCGGUCCCGCGGCGCCGCGUACCAAGACCAAGAAGAAGCAGAAGCGGUUCGUGCCUCAGCGGGUAAAGGUGCUGCGGGCCGCCGACCCACUGCUGGCCGUGCUGGCCUGGGGCGUCAACCACCAGAUCAGCGAGUUGAGCCAGGUCCCGCUGCCUGUCAUGCUGCUGCCCGAUGACUUCAAAGCCAGCUCCAAAAUCAAGGUCAACAACCACCUCUUCAACCGGGAGAACCUCCCCAGCCACUUCAAGUUCAAGGAGUACUGUCCCCAGGUCUUCCGCAACCUCCGCGAGCGCUUCGGCAUCGACGACCAGGAUUACCAGGUGUCACUGACACGGAGCCCCCCGCACUCGGAGGGCAGCGACCGGCGGUUCCUGCUCUCCUCUGACCGGACGCUGGUGGUGAAGGAGCUGUCGAGCGAGGAUGUGGCCGAUGUCCAUGGGCUCCUGUCCCACUACCACCAGUACGUGGUGCAGUGCCAUGGCAGCACACUGCUGCCCCGCUUCCUGGGGAUGUACCGGGUGAGCGUGGACAGUGAGGAGACCUACCUGCUGGUGAUGAGGAACAUGUUCAGCCACCGCCUCCCUGUCCACAGGAAAUACGACCUGAAGGGCUCCCUCGUGUCCCGAGAGGCCAGCGACAAGGAGAAGGUCAAGGACCUGCCCACCCUGAAGGACAUGGACUUCUUGAACAAGAAUGAGAAGGUGUAUGUGGGCGAGGAGGACCAGAAGGACUUCAUGGAGAAGCUCAAGAGGGACGUGGAGUUCCUGGUGCAGCUGAAGAUCAUGGACUACAGCCUGCUGCUGGGCAUCCACGAAGUGGGGCGGGCAGAGCAGGAGGAGGAGGAGGAGGUGGAGGAAGAAGAGGGUGGGGGGGGUGACGAGGCAGGAGCCACAGUGUUGGGGGGCUCCUACGGGACCUCCCCCGAGGGCAUUGGCAGCUACCUCAACUCCCACCGCCCCCUCGGCCCUGGCGACUUCGACCCCUAUGUCGAUGUCUACGCCCUCCGCGGCACUGAGGCGGCCCCCCGGCGGGAGGUGUACUUCAUGGGCCUGAUCGAUGUCCUCACCCAGUAUGACGCCCGCAAGAAGGCAGCACACGCAGCCAAGACCGUCAAACAUGGGGCAGGAGCAGAGAUCUCCACGGUGCACCCCGAGCAGUAUGCCAAGCGCUUCCUUGACUUCAUCACCAACAUCUUUGCCUAGGGGAGGGGGCGCCCCCCUGUCACCCCUCCCCCAGGCAUAGGCCCCCCCACGGCAGCUCCCCCCACCCCAGCAGGCAGGGGCUUUGCUACUCAAGUGCCUUAACUUUAUUUGAGGGGGGGGGACAGGGACGUUUCAGCCCCCUGCCCCUCCCAGCAGUGGAAUGGUCUGGGGCUUCCAGACACACACACACACCCCCCCCCCUAAAAAAAAAAAACCCACAGUGGGGGUUAUGGGAUAUUUCUGCCCCCACCAUGCUCAGGGGUGGGAAUCAAACACUACUUGCACCGGGGUGAGGGGGGGCUCUUUCCUUUUCCCCCACCCCAGGAGGGGGACCAGCACCCCCUGUUCUGGUGCUGGGGUGGGGGUACAGCUGAGCCGGGGGGGCGCUGUCUGUUUCUUGGCCCCCUGCCUCCGUGCGGGGCUGCCACCCCCCCCUCACCUCACGCAGCCCCCAGCAGUGGCCCCUGUUCCCCUGGGGGCAGGACCCCGGCCUUGCGUGACCCCCCUCGAGGGGGCGGGCCGGGCUUUGGGGGGUGACACAGGCCGGACCCCCCCCGUACGAGGAGGGGUGGGGUGUGUGCUGAGGGGCCUGCUCCCAGGCCCUGCUCCCCACCCCUGUGUCCUGAGAAAUAAAUUAUUGAACUGC